UGCGCAACCGCAAAAUUACACCAUAACCAUCCGCCGCGGCGCCACGCUCGACUGCAGCUGGGACAGCGCGCGCGCGAUGGCGCACGGCCCCGGGUCGCGACCACAGUCGUCGAAGUCGAGCUCGUUUCUGGUGUCGUCGCCCGGCGGCCGUGGCGGCUGGUCUUCCAGGAGCUCCCGCGGCGGACUCUUCGGCGGCGACGGCACCGCCGGAGGCGUCACGGGCGCCGCGGGCACGGGGCUCAUGCGCCCCGACGCGGCCUUCGCCGGCGACGGCUCAACCACAACACACUCGUCGUAGAGCAGCGCGUCGCGCACUGCCCAGCACGCGCGCGGCGCCAGCGUGCCCCACGCCGCCAGCUGGACGACCUCGCCGAGCCAGGCGUCGAGGGCCCGCGCGCGGGCGCGGUCCGCGGCCGCCGCGUCGACCGGUGUACGAAAGAACUUCGCCGCGAGGCGGCGCGCCGGCGACGGCGGCGCGCAAGGGAACGGGCUCUUCACCAAAGCCGCCUGCUCUCCCAACUGCCGCCGCAGCUCCUGGAACGCCGCGAAGGGCAUCUGCUGCGUCGCGCGCAGCCGCCCGGGUCUUGCGCAACGGACCACAAAAUAACGCGCGUCUCCACACAACCGGCCCGUGGACACGCGCGCCUCCGUGGCGGUGUCGAGGCAGUAGGCUUCUUUAAAGUCAGCGUCGUCGAGGCGCGUCAGCUCGGCGGCAUCGCUGGCUUGGUUUCUCUCGAGCCGGUCUAGCUCCAUUGUGUUGUCCUUGUCUUGUGGGCUGCCCGGCAGCGAAACGGCAGGUCGCAGGCCGCAGAGAAUGAUGAUGCCGCGCUAGGAUGCCGUUGCGAAGUGUGUUCGCGGGCUCCGAUGCGCGUAAAUGCUGCCCUCGCAAGGGAGAGGC